CAGGGAGGGCUGUUAACGGCAGCUAAACCUGACGAAGCAGGCGGUCCCUUAGGCCACUUGGAUCUAGCCUCAACCUUUUUCGUUGUGGAGGCUUAUCUCCGUUUAAUACAUGGACCCCUAAGAGUAUUAUUUUUUCUGUUUUCUUUUACUACGCUUGCGGGCCUGCUCGUCACUCUCUACUCUGUAGAAACUACUGCUACUGCAGUACAGUACAUCUACGAAGAUCCCGCCGCGGUAAUCACAGCCAAGACCGGGACUACAUUCCUCACAAGUAGCCUUGCCGGACGUGACGCAGCUCCCAGCGGGCGAGGACGUGCCACGGAGUGCUGCUGGCGGAAGUGUGUGCAAGCAGAGCACGAGUGUUCAGCGAGACAGAGACAGAGGCAGCGCAGUGCUAUAUCAGGAUGUUUCUGCAGUAUUACGUGAACGAGCAGGGUGACCGGGUGUACACCAUGAAGAGAGUAUCUCCAACUGGACAACCAACCUCUUCAGCGCAUCCUGCCCGUUUCUCUCCAGAGGACAAACAUUCCAGACACCGAAUUACAAUCAAGAAAAGAUUUUGUCUGUUGUUGACUCAGCAGCCGAGACCUGUUUUGUGAGAGCAGCUCAGUCCGGCUUACAUCUUAUCACUGCAUAAAGACUGCUUUAUAUUAUGACGAUUGAGCAGAGUCGUACUGAGUCACCAUUGUUUGUCACGUUAUUCCUCCAUCCCUUCUGAUCACCAUUAUACCUCUGAUAUGCAUUUUGAAUCCUUGUAUUAAAUAAAGAUCUAUGGAUUACAA